AUGAUAAUGGAUUCUUCAACUAUAGCAUUUGUCGGCACAGCCCUAGUUGUCUUCGUGUUUUUAAAAUGGAUGAUUUCCCCAAUACCACAACCACAUGAAUUUACAAAUAAUUCUGCGACCUUUGAUCAAGAUCAGUCAGCCAGGGGCUCUGCAACAGGAAGCAACACACGUUCUGCUAGAGAAGGGUCAACUCCAUCAUCUUCGUCUUCAUCAUCAUCGUCAACAACAACAACAACAACAGCAACACAUCAACGUAGAGGAAGAAGACCAGUUACCGAUUCCAUGAUUGAGGUUGUCCAAUCUAUAGCCCCAAUGUUGACUGUUGAACAAAUAAGAUAUGAUUUAGAAAAUACUGGAAAUGUCGAAGCUACUGUAAAUAGAUUCAUGGAAUUAGGUGACUUGCCAUUCCCACCUGGUUAUGUUGCACCACCUCCACCACCACCUCCUCAAACAACAGAACAUGAACUUAGAAAGGAAAUUUUGCUUGGAAAGAGAUCGAUAAAUUUAUUGGAAAAAUAUCACAUUGAUAUCGAUAAUCCAAAUACCAGUAAUGAUAAUUCAUUACAACAAAAAAGAGAAGAAAUGAUUCUUAAUGCAAGAAGAAGAUUGGCUGCACAAUUAAGAAAUGAUUUAUAG